AUGGCAUCAAAUACGGCCGCAGCUGCGGCAAGACCGCAAUCAUCCACAGAUGCACUGCCACCGUUCGUCAUCCACGCCUCCAGCUCGCGACCAUCUCCCACCAAACCGCACACUUCCACCUCAACCCGUCGCUUGAAAGGAUGCAACACACCCUCCCGCCUCAUCCACUACUCUGGCGAGACCCAUCCAGCCUCAUCCUCAUCUCGUCUUUCCCGCUAUGCUCCGACGUUCUCCAAAGACGAUAUGGAUGUCGACCAGGACGAUAUGGAAGCGCUGGACGCUGAAGAGUCAGAUGUUCGGAUCGCGGUUACCGGCGGUAGCAUCGCCUCGUCGCACGUCUUUAUGAAAGGUCACGGAACUUUUCUGUCGUCCAAUACGGACGAGAUCCUCUCUUCGAUGUGCGGGACGGUGGAGAGGGUCAACAAGUUGAUAUCCGUACGGCCUGCUCGAUCUCGCUACGCUGCAGAGGUCGGAGAUCUCGUCAUUGGUCGAAUCACCGAAGUCGGGCCAAAGAGGUGGAAGGUGGAUAUCAACGCAAAGACCGAUUCGGCUCUGCAGCUUUCGUCCAUCAACCUGCCCGGUGGUGUUCAGAGGAGGAAGGUCGAGAGCGACGAGUUGCAGAUGCGCAACUUUUUCCAGGAAAACGAUCUGUUGGUCGCAGAGGUGCAGAUGAUGUUCCAGGACAACUCUUCCGCUCUCCACACACGCUCUCUGCGGUACGGAAAGCUGAAAAAUGGCGUCCUGGCCACAGCCUCCCCGAAUCUGAUCCAGCGUCUCAAAUCCCACUUCAUCCACCUCAAGGAAGACCACCUCUCGCUCGACGUUGACCUCAUCAUCGGCCUCAACGGCUACAUCUGGAUCGCAAAGCACUUUCCCUACCAGCCAUCCACCAGCGCCUCCGCCGCCGCCGCCGAACACCAACGCGGCCUCGCCGGUUCGGGCGUAGGCAUGGACAUCGACGCCACCUACUCGGACCAGAACGAUGCCGAUCUAUCCGUCGAGCUGCGGAGGCAGAUUCAGCGCGUCGCAAAGUGCAUCCACAUCCUCGAUGCGUAUCACCACCCCAUCUCGGAUACCAGCAUUCUUGCGCUCGUAGACGUUUCAGCGACGUACGUCGGACCGAUCCUGCAGCAGCACGAGCAGCAGGAUUGGCACAAGGACUCCAACCUGACUUCCAUGAUGAUGGAGCAGCUGCGGUCCGGGUCGAGUCUGGAAGAGUGA